AUGGCCGAAGUCGGCGAGGACAGCGGCGCCCGCGCCCUGCUCGCGCUGCGCUCGGCGCCCUGCAGCCCCGUGCUGUGCGCCGCAGCCGCCGCCGCCGCCUUCCCCGCGGCCGCGCCCCCGCCGGCCCCAGCGCAGCCCCAGCCUCCGCCUGGGCCGCCGCUGCCGCCGCCGCCGCCGCUGCCUCCCGGCGCGAUCGCGGGCGCGGGCUCCUCCGGGGGCUCCUCCGGGGGCUCCUCCGGGGUAUCCGGAGACUCCGGGGGCGCGGGCGCGGCGCCGGCCCUGGUGGCCGCGGCGGCCGCCUCGGUGCGGCAGAGCCCGGGGCCGGCGCUGGCGCGGCUGGAGGGCCGCGAGUUCGAGUUCCUCAUGCGCCAGCCCAGCGUCACCAUCGGCCGCAACUCGUCGCAGGGCUCGGUGGACUUGAACAUGGGCCUGUCCAGCUUCAUCUCGCGGCGCCACCUGCAGCUCAGCUUCCAGGAGCCGCACUUCUACCUGCGCUGCCUCGGCAAGAACGGCGUCUUCGUGGACGGGGCCUUCCAGCGGCGCGGCGCGCCCGCCUUGCAGCUGCCCAAGCAGUGUACCUUCCGGUUUCCCAGCACAGCCAUCAAGAUCCAGUUCACGUCGCUCUACCACAAAGAAGAGGCCCCGGCCUCCCCGCUCCGGCCGCUGUACCCACAGAUCUCCCCUCUGAAGAUCCACAUCCCGGAGCCGGACCUCCGGAGCAUGGUCAGCCCCGUCCCCUCCCCGACUGGCACCAUCAGCGUCCCCAACUCCUGCCCAGCCAGUCCACGUGGUGCCGGCUCCUCCAGUUACCGCUUUGUUCAGAACGUGACCUCAGACCUGCAGCUGGCAGCAGAGUUUGCAGCAAAGGCCGCGUCGGAGCAGCAGGCAGACACGUCCGGAGGAGACAGCCCCAAGGACGAGUCAAAGCCGCCGUUCUCCUACGCGCAGCUGAUCGUGCAGGCCAUCUCCUCCGCCCAGGACCGGCAGCUGACCCUGAGCGGGAUCUACGCCCACAUCACCAAGCAUUACCCCUACUACCGGACGGCCGACAAAGGCUGGCAGAAUUCUAUCCGACACAACCUCUCUUUGAACCGUUACUUUAUUAAAGUCCCACGUUCCCAGGAGGAGCCUGGGAAGGGGUCUUUUUGGCGAAUAGACCCCGCCUCUGAAGCCAAGCUCGUGGAACAGGCAUUCCGGAAACGGAGGCAGAGGGGCGUCUCCUGCUUCCGCACCCCCUUCGGGCCUCUGUCCUCAAGGAGCGCUCCAGCUUCGCCCACACACCCCGGACUGAUGUCCCCUCGCUCCAGCGGCCUGCAGACCCCAGAGUGCCUGUCUCGGGAGGGCUCCCCCAUUCCACACGACCCUGAGUUUGGGUCCAAGUUAGCUUCUGUCCCAGAGUACCGGUAUUCCCAAAGCGCACCCGGCUCCCCCGUCAGUGCCCAGCCAGUGAUCAUGGCCGUGCCUCCCCGACCGUCCAGCCUCGUGGCCAAGCCCGUGGCCUACAUGCCCGCCUCCAUCGUAACCUCACAGCAGCCCGCGGGCCACGCUAUCCACGUUGUGCAGCAGGCCCCCACCGUCACCAUGGUCAGGGUGGUCACCACGUCCGCCAACUCGGCCAACGGAUACAUCCUCACCAGCCAGGGCUCGGCGGGGGGCUCCCAUGAUGCGGCGGGCGCAGCCGUGCUGGACCUGGGCAGCGAGGCCAGAGGCCUAGAGGAGAAACCCACCAUUGCGUUUGCCACAAUCCCCGCGGCCGGUGGAGUCAUCCAGACAGUGGCCAGCCAGAUGGCCCCCGGGGUCCCUGGACACACAGUCACUAUCCUGCAGCCCGCCACACCUGUGACCCUCGGGCAGCACCACCUUCCAGUCCGGGCCGUCACUCAGAAUGGAAAGCAUGCGGUUCCCACGAACAGUUUAGCUGGCAGCGCUUACGCCCUCACCAGCCCUCUGCAGCUCCUUGCGACCCAAGCGAGUUCGUCCGCGCCAGUGGUGGUCACCCGGGUGUGCGAGGUGGGGCCCAAGGAGCCAGCAGCAGCCGUCGCGGCCACGGCCACCACCACCCCAGCCACUGCCACCACCGCCUCUGCCUCUGCCUCUUCCACUGGAGAGCCUGAGGUCAAAAGGUCCCGGGUGGAGGAGCCCAGUGGGGCUGCAACCACACCGGCUGGAGUGAUCGCCGCCGCUGGCCCCCAGGGGCCAGGCACCGGGGAGUGAGGUCCCCUGCAAUGUGGGGGAGUGGGACUUACCCAGCGGCGACCCCGAAGCUGGACACGGCAGCUCAGGCGGCCGCACCCACAGACGGAGGAGAACAGCCCAUGGCGGCCCGCGGGCAUCAGCAGCACCUGGACACACCCAGCCCUUUCCAUUUUAUCGCCUGCCCUCCCGUGGUUUAAAACAAAAACACAUAAACAAGUUCAGACAACUGA